GUCAACUUUCGCCGUGGUCCGAGUUGGGGGCCACACUCUCAGUGGUGGCAGGAGCUACGACGGCGGAGAAAUGAGGCAGAAACGGAAAGGAGAGCUCAGCCCUGCUGAGCUAAUGAUGCUGACAAUAGGAGAUGUUAUCAAACAACUAAUUGAAGCCCAUGAACAGGGGAAAGACAUCGAUCUAAAUAAGGUGAAAACGAAGACAGCUGCCAAAUACGGCCUUUCAGCACAGCCUCGCCUGGUGGACAUCAUUGCUGCAGUCCCGCCUCAGUAUCGAAAGGUCUUGGUCCCCAAGUUAAAGGCAAAACCCAUCAGAACUGCCAGUGGGAUUGCUGUUGUGGCAGUGAUGUGCAAACCCCACAGAUGUCCGCACAUCAGUUUCACAGGGAAUAUAUGUGUAUACUGCCCUGGGGGGCCUGAUUCAGAUUUUGAAUAUUCGACACAGUCCUACACUGGAUAUGAGCCAACUUCCAUGCGAGCUAUUCGUGCUAGAUAUGACCCUUAUCUACAGACAAGACACCGAAUAGAGCAGUUGAAACAGCUCGGUCACAGUGUGGAUAAAGUGGAAUUCAUUGUGAUGGGUGGAACAUUUAUGGCCCUUCCAGAAGAAUACAGAGAUUACUUUAUUCGAAACUUACAUGAUGCCUUAUCAGGACAUACCUCCAACAAUAUUUAUGAGGCAGUCAAGUAUUCGGAGAGGAGCCUCACAAAGUGUAUUGGAAUUACUAUUGAGACCAGACCUGAUUAUUGCAUGAAGCGGCAUUUAAGUGACAUGCUGACCUACGGCUGCACAAGGCUGGAGAUUGGGGUGCAGAGUGUCUAUGAAGAUGUGGCCAGAGAUACCAACAGGGGCCACACUGUGAAGGCGGUGUGUGAGUCAUUUCACCUGGCCAAAGAUUCUGGUUUCAAAGUCGUGGCUCAUAUGAUGCCUGAUCUGCCCAAUGUGGGCCUGGAGAGAGACAUUGAACAGUUUACAGAGUUUUUUGAAAACCCUGCUUUUCGUCCUGAUGGUUUAAAACUUUACCCUACCCUGGUGAUUCGUGGAACUGGACUGUAUGAGCUGUGGAAAUCAGGAAGAUACAAGAGCUACUCUCCUAGUGACCUGAUCGAGCUGGUGGCUCGGAUUCUUGCCCUUGUGCCUCCAUGGACUCGAGUGUACCGAGUGCAGAGAGACAUCCCAAUGCCCUUAGUCAGCUCAGGAGUGGAGCAUGGUAAUUUGAGAGAGCUGGCAUUUGCAAGAAUGAAAGACCUUGGAAUACAGUGUCGGGAUGUGAGAACCAGAGAAGUUGGCAUUCAAGAAAUUCAUCACAAAGUACGGCCAUACCAGGUUGAAUUGGUAAGGAGAGAUUAUGUUGCAAAUGGUGGCUGGGAAACAUUCUUAUCAUACGAAGACCCAGAUCAAGACAUUUUGAUUGGCCUCCUGCGAUUACGAAAGUGUUCAGAGGAAACCUUCCGUUUUGAGUUGGUCGGAGGUGUUUCCAUAGUCCGAGAGCUGCAUGUGUACGGAAGUGUAGUCCCUGUGAGCAGUCGGGAUCCUACUAAAUUUCAGCAUCAGGGAUUUGGCAUGCUGCUGAUGGAGGAAGCAGAAAGAAUAGCUAGAGAAGAACAUGGAUCUGGGAAAAUAGCUGUUAUAUCAGGGGUUGGCACCAGGAAUUAUUACAGAAAGAUUGGCUACAGAUUACAAGGUCCAUACAUGGUAAAGACGCUAAAAUAAUGGCCAUACAAGUCCACCUUGACAGUGUCUCUGGCAGGAAAGAGAUUCCAGAUGUCUGGACUACUCAACAGAGAGGCUGAGCAAAGCAAACGGACCUACCCUGUCCCCUUGGCAAGAAGCUUCACCCUCAUCCUGUAGCUGUGGAGACUGGCAACUGCCUUCCGGGCGGGGCCGGCAUCUGGUGACCAAGCACGGAGCCGUGGUGCCACCCUCUGCUGCGUGUUCUCAAGAAGUCACUUCAGUUUUCAAGGCUUCAGUCAUGUAUCCAGUUUCUAAAUUCUGCAUGAGGCCGGCAAGUGACUUACUCAAACACACUGACAAAAGCAAAAAAAAACUAGGUAUUGUUAGUUGACAAGCAAAGUUAGGAGUAAGUUAUUUACAUGGUAUAGGGACAAAAAGUUAGGUUGAAACUAUGAAAACUGACAGAUUUUGAACUCUGGACUUGAACUAUAUUCAAAGCAUUCCAGCAAAAGAAAACGAGCUUUUGUUUCAAUGCAAAGCAUUCUGGUUUCUGUGCUGUUUGCAGUAACCAUGCGAUGCGAGGAGGACUUGAGGUGUGUUUGUGUUUGAAGCUGGAACCAGUCUUUUUCAUAUGCGAGUCUGCCAUCUGCAGCGGGCUCUUACCAACACCCUUAAUUUCCAGUUUUUCGUCUGUACUCCCUACUCUCUUGACCACCGCAAAACCAUGUGGACACUUAUGCCCAGAGAAAUACUUGGCUUCUCCUCUGUCUGUCCUGAGCAGGGGGAGUCUGACAUGCUUGUGAUUUAGGGGUUGUGGCCCUAAGUCAAGAUUUCCUCCCACAGGAGCUGAUCCCUGCAUUUUAAUUCUUUAGGAUGAAUUUCGGGUCCUGACUGGUGUGGGUGGCUCAGUUGGUUGGGCGUUGUCUCACAAAGCGAAAGGACGCCGGUUCAGUUCUGAGUAAGGUCACAUGCCUGGUUCGGAGGUUCGGUCCCAGGUCAGGGCACGUACAAGAGGUAACCGAUUGCUGUUUCUCUCCUUCUCUUUCUCCCUCCUGUCUCCCUCUCUAAGAAUAAAUAAA